UUGCAUACAAAAAAAAUUUAAAAAUUUAAAGACAAGUAAGUACAUAAAGAAAUCAUUUUAUUUUUCCUGCCUAAAUUUGGGAAGGAAAAAAAAUGAAUUAUGUACUAAUAUUACGUUGGAAACUCUGAACAUAAACCGCGCGCUUAAAAAUUCAACAAUUUAGACGAAUAAAAUAUUUAAUAAAAGCAGCUAAAUCAAUUGGCAACAACAAUGGCAAAAGAAGAAGCAUAACAGCAACAGCAAUACAGUGAAUUGACAAAUACUUAGAACACAAUAAUAACAAAAAAAAAUUUCAUUCAAUUUCAGUCAAUUCGAUUUCAAAAAUCAUUUUAAAUUCAAAAAACGUUCAAAGAAAAAUUAAAAAAAAGAAGAAUAGAAAAAAAAAACAUUUAAUUUAAUAUUUUUGCUUGGUUAUAAAACAAGACAAGCAUAGAAUGUAUGAACGUUUUAUACAAUAAGGACCUUGUUAAAGGAUCAAGUUCAAAAUUUUUUAUUUCAUUUCUUUCCUUAAAAAAUAACAAGAAAACUAUAAAUAGUUGAAGAAUAAUUGAAAUAUUAUUAAAAAUUCGAAAAUAAAAAUUUAAAAAAAACGUAAACAAUAAAAAAUAUUAAAAAUAUAAAAUAUAAUUGUAUAUAAGAGCGAGAAGAAGAAAUUAAAUUGUAUACCUACUUAGAAAUAGAUAAACAAAUAUAAAAAUUUCUUAUGUGUAAAAAUACCGUAAUCCUUAAGUGAAUUUAAUCAUAAUAAAUAUUGUAAAAACUUAUGUAAUUAUGUAACAUACAACAAUAAUAUUAAAUUAUAUAGUAAAAAUCUAGUAAAUAAAAAUUAGAAUUUUUUUAUAUUAAUAAUUUUCUAAUUACUCAAGUAUAUUUGCAAAUCUUCUAUUAUUAAAAUUUUGCUAUUAUUUUCCAAGAAUAAUAUUUUUUUAAUUCGCAAAUUAAAUUCUAUAAAAAUAGACACAAUUAUAAAUUUUAUUAAUGCUUUAGAAAGAGAUAGUAAACAUUUUUAUAAGUGCAUUUGUAUUAUAUUGUAGAGAAUUGAAAAGAUAGUGUAGAGUGUUGCAAUUAAACAAGAAAAACUUUGUACAUAAAAUUUAUAGUCUCCAAUGCCAAAUAUAUUACAAUAAUAUUGUUUUUUAUAUUUAUUUUAAUUUUUAAAUCAAAAAUUCAAUGUUUUAGUUUUCAUUAAAAAAAAAAUAUUCAAAUAAUUUUUAUUAAGUCAAACAGUUCUUUUUUUCUAUAUUCUAUGAUAUAAAUGUAAAAAUAUUGAAAUUACAAAAAACGAAAUACACACAAAAUAAGAAAAAAACCAAGGUGAAUAAGGUGGUGAUUAUUGGUGAAAAUUGUUUUGGUGGUGGAAUAAAAAUUAUGUUACUUAUUAGUGCAUUAGCAUUAGGUCUUAUUGAAACAGUUAAUCCAAGUUCAAAUAAUUUACAAUUUGAUUAUAAUAUCGGUUCAACAAUUAAAUAUUUAAAUAAUAAUUAUAAAAAUUUUUAUCAUUCAUCAUCAACAACAGCAACAGCAUCAGCAGCAGCAGCAACAGCAGCAAUAGUAGCAAAAGCGCCAGUAUCAUCAGCAUCAUUAUCACAUACAAAAUUUAAAAAUAAUUUAAAAUAUAAUAAUAAUUAUUAUAAGAAAGAUAAUGAUAAUAACGAUUUUAUAAAUAAUAAUGAUAAUAAUAAUGAAAUCAUUGAUAAUGUUAUGGCAAAAGCAAUGACACCAUAUUAUAAUAAUCAUCAUCAGUAUCAUCAAUAUCAUCAAUCGUCUGGACAAUCAUCAACACAAUUAAAAAAAGGUAUAACAUCAGUAUCAAAAACAAUUGAAACACCAGCAACAGCAACAUUAACUAAAAGAACACCAUUACUAGCUACAACAGAAACAACAAUUGCAGCAGCAUUAGCAUCAGGAACAGUAACAUCAAUAUUACCAAUAAAUACAGCUGAAUCUUUAAAAUCAAGUGAUUUAUUAGAGAAUUAUCAAAAAUAUUAUCAAAAUAGUGUUGAUUAUAAUAAAAAUAAUUUUAAUAAAAAUAAUAAUAAAAAUAAUUAUAAUUUAAAUAGUGAAGGUGCAAUAAUUAUUAAAACAAGAUCAACAACAGAAACAACAACUGAAACAAUAAUAUUAGACAGUGUUAUAAUUAGUGAUAAUAAUAAUUAUAAUAAUAAUAAUAAUUCAAAUGGUGCAAAUUUAUUAUGGAAUCAAUUUAUUUAUAAUAAUAAAACAAAUAAUCAUUUAAAUCGUACAAAUAAUUUAAAUAAUUUUGAUAAUAAUAACAAUAAAAAUAAUAAUAAUAUUAAUAAAAAUAAUAAUAAUAAUAAUUAUAAUUAUAUUAAAAAUAAAAUAAGAUAUCAAAAAAAUAAUAAUAAUAUGAUGCUGAUGAUGCCAUCUGGUAUUGAUUCUAGUUCAAUAAUUGAUAAUAGUGGUAAUAUAAUUGGUGGUAGUAUUAAUGGUAUAGGUAAUAGUAUCGGUAAUACCGGUAUUAUUGAUGAUAAUAAUGGUGGUACAGUUAAUUUUGAUGAUUGGUCAAUUAAACAGUGCCUAAUUUGGUCAAGGCCAUAUGAAAUUUAUUUUCAAUUAAGUAAUGCAUUCUUUUUAAUUGCCUUUAUUGCACCGAAUAGCCCUUAUGGAAUGCUAUGGAUGCGUUCAUUUUUAUUGAUUGGCUGUGUUCUAAUGGCCACUUAUGGUUGGUUUAUACAAUGUCGGCCAGAUGUUAUAUUAUGGUCUGGUUUAUUUUUAAGUGUUAAUUUUAUAUAUUUAAUAAUAUUAAUAUGCCGUUUAAGACCAAUACGUUUUGAAAAGGAAAUUGAAGCGGUAAGUGAACCACAAAUGUCAGAAUUGUAAAUGAGACUAAAGUCACACAGUUGAGUAUGACUAGCUAUACUAUUAUAAAUUGGUCUUUUCUCUUAAAAGGUUUUAGGCUUAAAUUUAAGCUUUUCAGCUUUAAUGUUUAGAAUUAUUUUAAAAGAAAAACUUUUAUUUAAUUAUUUUUCUUAAGAAAUACGCAUGUCAAGUUUAAUCUUCUCUUCGUAAUGUUGAUAUAGGUGUUGAUAUAAUGUUGAGGCUGUGCAGAGACAAUUCCUUCGUUUUACUCUUCAUGGUAUGGAUUGGUCGGAUCCGUUUAGACUGCCUCAUUGCCCCCUUAUGAGGGUAGGCUUCAGCUUUUGAACUUAAGAUCGCUAUAUUGUCGUAGGUUGGUUUCCGAUAUAGUUUCCAUUCGGUAGUUGACCCGAUUUUAUUAGGUUGGAUUUCUUACAGAGAGAAUCCUAGUAACCUUAAGUAGUCCGGGCUUUUCAAUGUGGCGCGUCGCAGUACGGACUAUAGGGUGCAUGAACCGGUGAAUCAUAUUUUGCUCGAAAUUAACUUGCAUUCGUCUGUUUUUUGUAUGAACGUAAGUAAGAGGGUUCUUAAAGUCAGAUUUUACAUUGAUUAUAUUUUAGCAUUGAUUUAUUUUAGUUGCAUACUUGAAUUUGGUUGUUUAUUUCUUAAAUUACCUAUUAAUCUUAAAUUUUUACUACUUACUAUUAUUAUCUUUUUUUCCCUCUUCCCUUCCCUUUCCACCUAUAAAUGAUGACGAUUUUUGUUAUACUAUAGAUGCUUGUAUUAAGCAGUCGUCUGAUAUAUUAAAAAAAAUUUUUAAAUGUAAAUUUUUUCAAGAUUUUUUAUAAAAUGAAUAGAUAACAU